AUUCCUUGGAGGAGCUUGUGGCGAGAUGUUCGUCGAAGAAUCUCAAACAACACGGCGUAGUCGAAGAAGGUCUGCAUAUCAGGUGGCCUUUGGAGCUAAAGCAAACCAGUCCAGCGGGUAUGUUAAAAAUCCAUUGUAACUAGAAGGCUGUGGCUUGCGCGUUAGGAAAUGUGGCCUGAUCUUAGCAUUCUCGAAUUCGGUGCACAGGCUCCCAGAACCAAACGAUACGGACGGACUAGUCGCGUAAUCCUCGCAGAAAGGCCUCGUUUAGGUAGCGGCUCAUGUAAGAGGGCUCGCUCGGUCUGGAGAGCCACAGUCAUCGGUUGCAGCAUCAUUCCGGCCUUGGUUCAGAAAACUAAAGUUUCAAUAUUAGACCUCGGAGGACUGGAGAAUGGUCUGUUCAUCAGCUGUGCGGUGCGACCAGUACGCGACGUCCCCGCUCUUUGUGAAACCCGUCCGUGUCGGUUCCAUCUUCGCCGCUGAUCCGGUAACGUCCCUCACCCAUACCAAAACCUCACCAUUGAAAAAAGCCGGCCAAUCAUAGUGUGAGCAUGUUGCACGGCCCAGGCCUCGGCUGGACAUUUAUAGUAGGGCACU